UCUUGUGGUCACCCUAAAACUGAUUUGGCGAAAAACCAAAACAAAACGCGCAAUCCGAAAAACAUAAACAAAGAUCAUGGAGGAAAGCCAAUUUAAGCCGAAAACAAAUAACUCUGUGGACAAAACUUCAUCCAAGAUUUCCGCAUUCCCAAGGGAUGUGAAACUAAAGCUGCAAAGGCAUCUAAACAGGUGUGGUUAUUCGCAACAAGUCCUUUUGGAAGCAGCCAAACACAACAAUCAUAAUUACACAAACGGGCUUUUCAAUUAUGUGGGCACGACGAUAGAGAGGGGACAGGAAAUGGUGAAGAAUGAGGACUCCGUCAGUCUGAACAACAUCACCCAGUGGCUGGAACUAAUGAAAAAUGCCCAACUCUCAGAACUCUGCGAAUUUGAGGCAGCAGCGGUUGUGAAUUCCCUAACCCAAAAUGAAAUAAAGCCACCUCCGGAUGAACUAAAUGAGAUUGAUUUAAACGAAGCCUAUAAAUUUGUGGAAAAUGCACUGAUGGGCCAGCCCCAAAAGAAGCUAAGUAACGCCACCAAGGCAUUUCUCUCCAAAGAAAUCGAACUCCUUAUAGAGGAGGCCAAUUCCGAGGAAUCAGAUGCUUUGGCCCGCCGAAUGGGGCAGCGUCUAUAUGAUCACCAGAUCAUCGACUAUAUGGAACAGCCCCACAAAUGCAGCUUGGAUCCACUCUUUCUGGACGAAAAUCCAACGUAGAGGCUAGAUAAAAGUUAUAAGCUAGGCCAUUUAUUCAUUUCCACACAUUUAUUAAACAUUUAAAUUCAA